AUGCGAACUGAAUCAAACCCAUCUAAUGAUUUUAAAUUUGGAGGUGACAAUGAUGGUGUACAUGAUCAUUACCAAGAACUUGAACAUUGCUACAAAAAGUAUGGAAAUAAAAUUUAUCAGUUAACAAUCUCAAUAGAUCAGCGUUCACCAUAUUAUGCAUUAAUGACGUUACUUAAUGGUGGGAUAUGGUUUGAAGAUGACAGUCUUCAAAACGGUGAUAAUACUGCUCAGUUUGGUGAACAAUUGAAAUAUGGUACACAUCAUGGACAUUGCAAAUGUCUUAAUCAAUCCAGAACAGUGCAUGCCGCUGAUUAUGGCUAUCAAUACCCAGUUUUAACGCUACCAGAAGGUGCGUUAGCUGUACAUGAUUAUCGUCUCAAUUUUGAUCAUAGCGGUGAAACAUGCAGUGGAACAUUUUCAUUUGCUUUUUAUAAAACUGGUACAGAUCUGUCUGCGAAAAAUAUUAUUCAACAAGUUUCAAAUGCAGUAGUGACUUGUGAACGUUUGCCGGCUUUUGUUUUAUAA